AAAUGCGUUGGUUCGCGUGCUUCGUGUUAUUGUGAGGAAACAAUCACGACACCGUAACGGUCGUGUAUUGAUAAACCGCUUGCGAUCCGGUUCUGUCGCGAGAACAACGUAGCAGUCGUCGAGCAGAUGGACACGUGAAGAGACACGCGGUGGUCAUCGUCAAAUAGCCAAUAGUUAUGUGUCAACAGUGACGAAUCGGACACGCGUUGAGUCAGCCGUUGAUCCUGCCGCUGCUGCCACGACCCACACAUGCGCGGGAAUGGCCAGGAAUUGGACGAAUUUGAACCGGCGCGGUUUUCAAUUGGUCGAAAACCUGUUGCAGGCACGAUGUCAUCACGUGAAAAACUUCGCCGAUCGCGUUCCGGCAGUUCGCAGUACGUUACAACAGAGGAGCCUGUUUCUUUCGAGUACGCGUCGCCUACCGGAGCGCAACAUGGCAGGAUUACUGAAUAAAAACAUCUGGGAUACCGAUAGCGAGCUUUUCGACUUGAUGAAGAAGGAGAAGAAUCGACAGCAGUCCGGGCUGGAGUUGAUCGCCAGUGAGAAUUUUACGUCUCUCAGUGUGCUGCAGUGUUUGAGUUCGUGUCUACACAACAAGUACAGCGAAGGACUGCCUGGUCAAAGGUAUUACGGUGGAAACGAGUACAUCGACGAGAUCGAGUUACUGACGCAGAAGCGUGCCUUGGAAGCCUUCAGUCUGAAUCCCGAGGAAUGGGGCUGCAAUGUACAGCCUUAUUCCGGCAGCCCGGCGAAUUUCGCGGUGUACACGGGCCUGUUGGGACCUCACGGGCGCAUAAUGGGUCUAGACUUGCCCGAUGGCGGCCAUCUCACUCACGGUUUCUUCACGGCGACCAAGAAGAUUUCCGCUACGUCCAUCUUCUUUGAAUCGAUGCCGUACAAAGUCGAUCCCGAGAGCGGUCUGAUCGAUUAUGACGAGGCCGCGAAGCAAGCGAGACUGUUCAAGCCGAAAGUCAUCAUCGCUGGAGUAUCCUGCUACAGUAGAUGCCUGGACUACAAACGUUUCCGUGAGAUCGCGGAUGAGAAUAACGCCUACCUCUUUAGUGACAUGGCUCACGUGUCUGGACUGGUCGCUGCUGGGAUAAUUCCCAGUCCUUUUGAGUAUAGCGACGUUGUGUCGACAACUACGCACAAGACUUUACGAGGACCUCGUGCUGGUGUCAUUUUCUUUCGAAAGGGUGUCCGAAGCGAGACAAAGGAUGGCAAAAAGAUAAUGUACGAUAUAGAGGAUAAGAUCAAUCAAGCGGUAUUCCCGGGUCUUCAAGGAGGACCUCAUAAUCACGCGAUCGCCGCUAUAGCCACUACCAUGAAACAAGUUAAAUCACCGGAAUUCGUCGCUUAUCAGAAGCAAGUGGUGGCUAACGCGAAGAGAUUGUGCGCGGGUCUACAGGAGCGGGGUUACAAGAUCAGUACCAAUGGCACGGACGUUCACAUGCUGCUGGUAGACCUACGGUCCUCGGGCAUCACCGGCUCCAAGGCAGAAAGAAUUCUAGAGGAAAUCUCUAUCGCCUGUAAUAAGAACACUGUUCCCGGUGAUAAGAGCGCGUUGAAUCCUAGUGGCAUUAGAUUAGGAACUCCCGCGCUCACUACUCGUGGUUUAGUCGAGAAGGACAUCGACAAAGUCGUGGACUUUAUAGACAAAGGAUUGAAACUCUCUAAAGAAGUGAGCGCAAUCUCCGGACCGAAGCUGGUAGACUUCAAGAAAGUAUUAACCACAGACAAGAACAUUCAAGCAAAGGUUGCAGCUUUGAAGAAGGAAGUGGAAGUUUUCUCGAGGCAGUUUUCAAUUCCUGGUUACGAGAUAUAUUGAUAUUGCGACAGUACUUUGUAAUAAAUUCGCUUCACAUAAAUUUUCCAAAUGCGUUUCGCAAUGCUCUCAGUAUAGCAUUUAACAUUUCAAUUAUUGUUAUUAAUUUGUGAUUUUAUAUAGAUAUUUGUAUUAUUAAUUAGAUAAUAUAGACUUUGGAUCUGCAAAAACAUUGCACAAGUUUUAUAUCAAUUUAUUAUCGUUAUUUGCUCUACGAACAAAUAAAUAUUUUUAGAUAAUAUGCAAUCGCGUAAAUAUAUUGAAUUAAAAAAUAUCUCUUGGCAAAUAACUAUGUGCAACACGAUUUAAAAGUAAAUGACGCGAGUGUCGAUAAUCGGCUAUAUUGUGAAACAAAUAUUGCUUUAACAAUUAGAACAACAAGAUAAACGUAUCUGCAUAUUUCACUCACACAUAUAUGUACAAUUAUUAAAUUAAAUAUUUCUGUCAGGUACAGAAAGAGGAGCUGCUAGUAAAGUAAUGUAUCAUUUUCUAUUAUUCGUUAUAUAUUUUUUCAAGUGAUUUAUAUAAAUAUAAGAUUUCUGAA